GAGUCCUUGCCGACGCGGUCGUGCUCGCUGCUGGCCACUCUGCGAGGGAGCUGUACCAGGAGCUGCUGCGCUGCGGGGCGACGCUGGCGCCGAAGGACUUUGCGGUGGGUUUCCGGAUCGAGCACCCGCAAGGCGUCGUCGACGCGGCGCAGUACGGCGAGGAGCUCGCGGUGGCGCACUGCAAGAGCGGAGGGCGAGGGCGGCUGCCACCCGCCUCGUACCGCCUCGCCGCCAACGUCGCCACCGGCGCAAGCAGCAGCGCGAGCAGCAGCAGCGCUAUCAGCAGCAGUGGCAGCAGCAAUGCUAGCAACACUGCUAGCGGCGGUGCCGCCACCCGCGUCGCCGCCGCCGCCGACGCCGCCGAGGGAGCGGCGGCGUCGACGCGCGGUGUCUUUUCCUUCUGCAUGUGCCCCGGCGGGCAAAUCGUCCCGACGUCGCUCGAGGAGGGCCGGCUCUGCAUCAACGGCAUGUCGUACUCGAACCGAGGCUCCAAGUGGGCGAACUCCGCCGUGGUCGUCUCUGUCGGCGAGCGGUUCGGCGACCUAGCGCCGUACUUGCACGCUCCGGAGGACGGCCGCUGCGGCGCGGCGGGCGGCGAUGGCGCGGCGGGCGGCGGCGGGGAAGGGGGCGGCGAUGGGGAGGAUGCGGCCGGCGACGGGGAGUGGGGCGGCGACGGCGCGGCAGGCAGUGGCAGCGCGGCGGGCGGCAACGGUGCGGCGGCGGCCGGCGGUGCGGCGGCCGGCGGUGCGGCGGGCGGCGGUAGUGCGGCGGGCGGCGGUAGUGCGGCGGCGGGCGGCGGUAGUGUGGCGGGCGGUGGCGGAGCGGCGGCGUGCGGCGGUGUGGCGGUCGGGGAGGGCGCUCUGCCGCCGGCCCUCGCCGGCUUGGCGUUCCAAGAGGCGAUGGAGGCGCGGGCGGCGGCGAUGGGGGGCGGCGGGCUCACCUGCCCGGUGCAGCGGGUGAGCGACUUUCUCGAGGGCCGGCUCUCGACGGAGCCGCUGCCUCCGUCCUCGUACCGGCUCGGCGUCGCCGCGGCGCCGCUGCACGAGCUCUACCCGCCGCCGCUCACGGCAGCGUUGCGCGACGGGAUGCGAGCUUUCGCCGCCUCGUUCCCUGGCUUCGACGGCCAGGCGGCGCUGCUGCACGGCGUGGAGACGCGCACGUCGGCGCCGGUCCAGGUGCCACGCGACCGCGAGACGUGCGAGGCGCUCGGUUUGCGCGGCCUCUUCCCGGCCGGCGAGGGAGCCGGCUACGCGGGCGGGAUCGUGUCGGCCGCCGUCGACGGGAUCCGCGUGGCCGAGGCGUUGCUGCCAGUGCUGGUGGGCGGGAUAGCGGCGGCGAGAGCGAGCGGUAAGGAGAGGUAA